AUGGAUAAAAAUUUAGUUGCUCUAAAUGACGACGGUGACCCAGGCUGGGAAGCAAUUAUUCAUAUGAAAAAAUUUUUAAUUGAGAAAAUAAAAGCUAGUUAUCAACAGUUUAUAACUGAAGAACAAGCAAAUGAAACGCCUAAUAAAAGCAAUAGACAUCCACACAAUAAACAUAAAAGAAAUAUUAGUUUGUCACAGCAAAUAGAACUCCAAAACAUUGAGCCUAAAAAAGUAUUAUGCAUUGAUGAAAUAGCUACCGUUAUUUCGGAUUAUUUUCCAGACUUGUGGAAACUUGGACAAAAUUACUUUGUUGGUGACUUAGCAGUGAAGCCAGAUUGCAGCCAUGAAAUGGAUUUCAAAGAAAUGAUAUUAGACAUAAUUGUAACUGUGUCUGAUAUAUAUAGAACAAUUAUGUUACCUACUACUACAACUAGUUCAUUUUCACCUGUGCCUAUCAUAUGGUUGCCUCAUUGCUUAAAACAAAUUCGAUCGGUAUUUACAGUACUGAUGGCUUUGGAUCUUCCUAAUGAAGCUUUAAAUAAGAUUUCCAGUGUUAUAUUUGAUUUAAGGUUACACUGUUUAAAUAUUUUAUUUAAACAAGCGUCAGAACAAAUUAUACAGUUAAAAAAUAAUGAGACGUGGAAACUGGAUUAUYAUUCAAAACAAGGAACUAUAUCACAAUUACCAAAUGAUUUCUACAAAAUCAUAAUGGAAGCAAUGAAUUUAGCCAAAGAAUAUGUUAUUCGUGAUGAGCGUAGAGAAACUGCACUUGUUGAUAAUGAAACUGCAAAAAAUGAAAUACAACUAUUGGUUCACAAAUGUUUUUGGAACUUUUCACAGGUUUUAGAACAAGUGGGGUUAAAUGCGGAUACUAAUUGUUCAACUACUACAGUUAUGUCCUUGAGUGGAUCUUCAGUUACAGGGUUUAAAUUACACAAUGAUCUGAUGUGGGAACAAAAACUUUUAAUAACAAUUAGUAAUAGUCAAUAUACAAGAAACAUUAUGCUACUUAAAUUUAAAAAAGAAUUUGAAGACAAUGGUUUUCCAACUAUUGAUGUUGUUGUGGCCCGUGCUGUUGAAUUACUUGAAAACACUGAAAGUAAAUUGCUUGAAACWUACAUAGAAACCAAAAGUGAUCCUUUAGUCGGGACAAUAGAACCAUCAAUGUAUGUCGGCAGCUUUGAAUGGGACUCUCCCUCACUUUUAGAUCUAAAAGAAGUCAGACCUUACGCCAAAGAAAUUAUUACUAAUUUGAUUGCAUUACAUUCUGAGGUUCAAACAAUCAUACCAGAUUUAAUGUAUGCUGUAUUAUCAGAAAUUGUGGUCACUAUAUCAGAAGAAAUGUCACGUCUCAUGAAUUGUGUGACACAUUUUAGUGAAAAUGGGGCUAUGCAAGCUAGAUUGGAUUUGAUGGCAUUAACAUUUACAUUAUCUAAUUUCUUUACACCAAAUUCUAAAGAUUUUUUUUGUGAUGCUACAAAUGCAGUUCCGCCAUUAAAAUCAGAAGAUAAUGAAAAGUAUGUUUUGAAAUGUUUUGAGCAGUUUAAGACUCGUAUGCAUUUACAGAUCAUGUGUUUUUUAACACCUUGCCCUAACAAUAUUGAAACUAGUAUUAUAUAAUAUCUUAUUACAAUUUAUAUUAUAACUCAAUUAUUUUUAUA